CUACAAACCCUUUUUUUUUUUUUGUCCCUUUGUGACCCAUAUCAUCUUCAUCAGAGCCUUUGGCCUCUCUUCUUUUUUUGCCCCCUUCGCUCCCUCCCUCUUCUUCUUCUUCAUACGUUACGUUUUUAUUUAUUUAUUUGGGGCGGUCCAUUCCAUUCUUUGAUUGCUCCGGCGUAUUAAAAAUUGCAUUUUGAAAUGUCUUCUUCUUCUCCUCCUCUUCUUCCGCCUCUUCCCUCUUCAUCGUCAUCUUCCAGCCAGGGCAACGACGGUGGUUUAGACGAAUACGAAGGGCCGUCGAGGUCCCGGCCACGUGGCGCCGUGAAUGAAGUGUGGCCGGAGCCCUUCUUGGAAGCACUCGCUACCCACGUGGCCACGGACGCCGCUCUCUUUGCCGGACGCCUCGCCGCCGCUCAGGCCCUCGCUAAUGUCUUUCAGGUGUGCUCCACGUGGCAAGCAAUUUCCCACUCCGACCUCCUCUGGCAGCGACUCACCCACCGGAUAUGGCACCGCCGCCACCUCCUACACCGCACCUGGCGGCAAGAAUACAUGUACCGCCACCGAACCGCCCGAAACUUCCGGAUCCGCCGAUCCGUUCACUUCAACCUCCGGUUCGACGUGGAAGACCCCACCGACCCGAACGCCCUCUCCUGCCGCUGCCUGGCCAUCUCCGACCACCACCUCGCCGCCGGCUUCGCGGACGGAGCCGUCCGGGUCUUCUCGCUCCGGACCCGGCUCCACUCCCGGACCUUCCGCCCGCUGUACCGCGACCGCCUGGGGCCCUUCUCCCGAGCGGUUUCGGGCAUCGUCCUGUCCGGGUCCGCCCGGCUGGUGUUCGCCACGCUGGACGGAGACAUCCACGUGGCGAGCCUGAACAACAACAACAACAACGGGCCGCGGAGGGCGCGCGUGGGCGACGUGCUGAACGACGGGGCGCUGGUGGACUUCGCCGGGUGCGGGCAGUGGUGGGUGGGGCUGUACGCGGGCGUCCCCGGGCGGGCAUUCCACAUAUGGAACGGGCAGAGCGAGGAGCUGACCUUCGUGGGCGGGUCGCUGACCGACGCGCAGGCCGUGGCCGGGUGGCGCACGCUGACCGAGUCGACCGAGGCGGUGGGGCGGGUGAGGGUGAGCCGUGGGGGCGAGUCGGCGGUGGCGUGCACAGGGUCGCGGGUGAUGGUGCUGGACCUGCGGAACCAAGGGGUGAUUUUGGGGGAGGAGGAGUACGGGAGCGGGGUGGUGGUGGGGUGCACGGAGGUGUGGCGGGAGGCGUACCUUAGCGUGGACGGGAGUGGGGUGGCUAGCGUGCGCAGGAUGGAGGAGAUCGUGUGCGGGUUCGGAGUGGGAGGGGCGGCGAUGAUGGGUUGCCUGAACGGAGGGUGCGCGGUGAUUUGCGGCGGCGGGGUGGUGAGGGUGUGGGGCAUUGAGAGGAGGGAAGGGGAGUAUCUCUAUAGGUUCGGGGAGAGGGUUCAAGGGGAGAUCAAGGCGAUGGUGGCGGACGACAGGCACGUCGCGCUGGCUGCCGGAGACGGCGCCGGGAUACAUUUGUGGGAUUUUGGCGCGGCGGAGGAGGAGUAAGAGGUAAUUAAGAAAAGAGUUUAAUACUAAUUUAAUAUAUAAUAAUAAUAUAUUAUGGGGACGGACCAUUUUCACUAGCUAGGGAUUGGAAUUGGAUUGGAAGAAUCAGAGGCGUGUGAAGGUUGAAAUUACAAGGGAGGGCGUGUGACGAGACGAGAGAGACGACGUGAUGCGCUUUUUUGGGUGGAAAUUGGCUAAUAAUUUUUAGGGUUCUACUCUACAUGAUUGGAAAUUGGGUUUUUUUUCUUUCUUUUCGGGGAUCAGCAAUUCAAUUCAAGAGGGUAUUUUUAAUUACUGAUUGCUGUUGUACACUUGUAAUUAAUUUCUCUUCUUCCGCUUGGUUCAGUUGGUUUCGACUUUCGAGGAAGUUGAGUCUCACCCUCAAACCAAUGCUAUUGAUUUUUGGGGAAGGGGGUCAAUUUAUUUUUUUUGAUAGAUGCACUACCUAUCUUGUUUGACCUUUUUCUAUGUCAUCAGCUGGAGAAGGAGAAGAAGAACAACUAGGCUACGCUUCUUGACAUCUUGCUUUGAUUUGACGAGCUAGUCAUCGUCAUGUUCAUUGCCACCAUCUCAAAUUCAAAUAGUAGGGAACGGCUACGGUGCUAAUUGUACAAUAGUUAGCACCGUCCUAACCAAGAGAAAAACUACUCCUAGUUUGAAUUAGUAGUGAUUUAGCUUAGAUGUUGUAUUGAUUUUAUAAUAAUCCGUAGUGAUUUCG